CAGCUACCUGUGGGGACAUUUAACCUUUUAUCUGUAGCUAUCUGCUUAGGAACAUAGAGAAAGGCAAAUUCUUGCAUAAUUCAGCUUUCUGCUUGAUUUUUUCCUUUUGGCAUAGUGAAUUGGGCGGCCACGGUUUUUGUUGUUUUGUAUAUAAGUGGAGAGUUCACUUGGGCCAGGGCCUUGAGUUGUUUUCUUUUCACAAAUAUACCCUUUGGAGUUCAGAGGAAAGGCUAGGAUUAGAGCCUUCUGUGAGCACCAUUCAUGGGAUUACAUGAGGGAGUGGCGGUGAAAACAGGACUCCGGACUAAGCCCUGGGCACCUGAACACCUAAGAGGUCAGGAAGGGGAGAAAAAUCCAGCAAAGGAAAACCCAGAGGACUCGGCCAGUGAGCCAAGAAGAAAAGUGCAGAAGAGUGCAGGGAAAUGGUAAAGAAAAGAAAGCUUUCCACAAGACAGGACAGAUCAGCUGAGCCGACUGCUGCUGAGUAGAGUGAUGAGAGCUGAAGUCUCUCCCCCGAAAAGGCAAUAAGGCGGGAGGGGGAAACCUGAGGGCAGCGGGUUCUCUCUUCGGAGCGGGAACACGGAACGAUGGGCAGCGAGGCAAGUGCAGCCUGGGGAGAAGCUUUGAGUAACGGACGUGCCAGGAUGAUGCUUGUGCAAGAAGGAAAUGACCGCUGUCCCGGCUUCGCGGGAGACUAACCCUGGCUUCCCGCCCUCAGGGACUAGCUCUCCAGGGAACUGGGACGGACCAGGCCAUGGAGCGCGAAGUCCGGCGGGUCCGACAGGCAUUCCUGUCCAGCCGGUCGCGACCUCUGCGGUUUCGGCUGCAGCAGCUGGAGGCCCUGCGGAGGAUGGUGCAGGAGCGCGAGAAGGAUAUCCUGGCGGCCAUCGCCGCCGACCUGUGCAAGGAAAUGCUGUGAUUAUCAAGCCUUCUGAACUGAGUGAAAAUACAGCCAAGAUCUUGGCGAAGCUUCUCCCUCAGUAUUUAGACCAGGAUCUCUAUAUUGUUAUUAAUGGUGGUGUUGAGGAAACCACGGAGCUCCUGAAGCAGCGAUUUGACCACAUUUUCUAUACGGGAAACACUGCAGUUGGCAAAAUUGUCAUGGAAGCUGCUGCCAAGCACCUGACCCCUGUGACUCUUGAACUGGGAGGGAAAAGUCCAUGUUAUAUUGAUAAAGAUAGUGACCUGGACAUUGUUUGCAGACGCAUAACCUGGGGAAAAUACAUGAAUUGUGGCCAAACCUGCAUUGCACCCGACUAUAUUCUCUGUGAAGCAUCCCUCCAAAAUCAAAUCGUAUGGAAGAUUAAGGAAACAGUGAAGGAAUUUUAUGGAGAAAAUAUAAAAGAGUCUCCUGAUUAUGAAAGGAUCAUCAAUCUUCGUCAUUUUAAGAGGAUACUAAGUUUGCUUGAAGGACAAAAGAUAGCUUUUGGUGGGGAGACUGAUGAGGCCACACGCUACAUAGCCCCAACAGUACUUACUGAUGUUGAUCCUAAAACCAAGGUGAUGCAAGAAGAAAUUUUUGGACCAAUUCUUCCAAUAGUGCCUGUGAAAAAUGUAGAUGAGGCCAUAAAUUUCAUAAAUGAACGUGAAAAGCCUCUGGCUCUCUAUGUAUUUUCGCAUAACCAUAAGCUCAUCAAACGGAUGAUUGAUGAGACAUCCAGUGGAGGUGUCACAGGCAAUGAUGUCAUUAUGCACUUCAUGCUCAACUCUUUCCCCUUUGGAGGAGUGGGUUCCAGUGGGAUGGGAGCUUAUCAUGGAAAACAUAGUUUUGAUACUUUUUCUCAUCAGCGUCCCUGUUUAUUAAAAAGUUUAAAGAGAGAAGGUGCUAACAAACUCAGAUAUCCUCCCAACAGCCAGUCAAAAGUGGAUUGGGGAAAAUUUUUUCUCUUGAAACGGUUCAACAAAGAAAAACUUGGUCUCCUGUUGCUCACUUUCCUGGGUAUUGUAGCCGCUGUGCUUGUCAAGGCUGAAUAUUACUGAAGAAUGAUCCCGUUCAACCUCCUAGUGCCUCUACUGAAUUAUUCCUCUUUUAAAUGGUUAAUGAACCAAUAAAUUUUAAAUCAUACCAAAAAUAGUAAGAAAAUAUGUAAACACUCUGUGAUCAAACUUAAAAGUCAUUGCCAUUUAUCAUUAAUAAAACUUGCCAUUUCAACCACAUCCCGACAUUCCGUAAUAGGGUAUUCAGGGAACCUAUCUUAAAUUGUGCUUAUCUAAAUCUUGGAGCUUUGAGCUAGGGGAGGAGAAUGUAUUAGACUAAAUACAGACUUUGAGGGGUUGUAAGGGAGUCUCAGAACCUCAGUGAAUCCUUCACUCCAGUUAAUGGCACUGCCCACCUCCUGUCCCCGCCACCACCAUCACUCUGUGGAGCUUUCAAGAGCUUGGUACUUCCCAGGGCUACCAGCAGUCCUCUGUAGUCCAGAGAGGUGAGGUUAGAUCUUCUUGAUUCCCUGUGAGGUUUCAGGCACUAAAACUCUAUGUGGGGGAGGGAGGGGUUACUUCUCCAAUGGGACUCAAGGACUUGACCUCCAGGAGUAGGCCCCUGGUCAGAAGUGCCAUCUCACCAGUGGUCUUCAUUCUUCCUCAUUCAUUCUCUAUCAUCCUGUGUUCUGUUUAGUUGCAACAAUCUUUUGUGACUAAUGUCACUCAAAGCAUCUUGUAAAUCCUAGGGCUUCCUAGAAGUUAGUUGCCAAAGUCAUGCAAGCGUCACCUGUCAUUCUUGUGUUGGAGUUAUAGAAUUCUACAUCUUAUAAAACCUAACUGGCAUUUAAAAAAUACGUAGCCGGGCAUGGUGGCUCAUGCCUGUAAUCCCAGCACUUUGGGAGGCCGAGGCGGGAGGAUUGCUUGAGUCCAGGAAUUUGAGACCAGCCUGGACAACAUAGUGAGACCUCAUCUCUAUCAAAAAAUAAAAAUUAGCUAGAUGUGGUGGCAUGAGCCUGUGUUCCCAGCUGCUCAGGAGGCUGAAGUAGGAGGAUCAAUUGAGCCUGCGAGGCCAAGGCUGCAGCAGGCUGUGAUUGCACCACUGCACUUCAGCUUGGGCAACAGAGCAAGACCCUGUCUCUGAAACAAAUAAAAAAUACUGUAAUAAAAGUACUUAUAAACAUACUAAUCCUCUCUCAGGACCCUAAAGUUGCAGGUUAGUAGGUCUUCAAGGACAAAUCUGUAAGUUUCUUAUUUCUGUAGUGCAAGUAAAAUUUCACUUUUUGAAACUAUAGAGAAAUCCCUUUCUGAUUAGCCUACAGAACUUAAAGUGAGGGAACCAUUUCCUCUCACAGACAAAGAGGUCUUGGAUAUUAGGACUUUGGGGUUUGAGAGCGUCUCGGAGCAGACAGAUGGUGAACGGUCUGGACAAGAAGCGAGUAAGCCACUGCAGUUGGUCAUACUGAAGGGAAUGGAUGGCAAGAGGAUCCCCUGAGCAAGUCAGAAGUUACUCUCAUCAGUCGUUCAUGGUCACAACCUGAGGUACUCUGCUGAGUGGGCAAGGCUGAAGAAGAGGCCUGUGGAAUGCAGCGUUACCUGCUGGACAGGGCAGGGCAGGGCAGGCAGUUCUAUGCCUUGGAGCUCCUGACUGCAGGGACUCCAUCCCUACACUCAAAAAGCUCACUUAAUGAGAGAAUGUAAUUUACUUUAUAGAAUGUAUAAUCAACUUGGUUGAAUAAUUUGUUCUAUUAAGGCUGUCUAAAGUAUGUGAUGUCUUCAUCAUAGUAUGAAGUGUUGAGAAUUAAUAACUAGCCUAGUUUAGGAAAAAGCUGCUUAAAACUGUUCCUCUAAGAGAGUAAUCAUAAAAUACCUUAGAUAAAAUUGCACUAUGGAAUUUUCGUUGAGUAUGUUUAAAUUAUUGGCUUGUCUACUAAUACAUAUCUGCUUCAAAAUGAACAUAUUUCAUAAAAUUGGCGUCAAUUUUAAUGACACUCCUGGUGUGGAACCUCAGAUAUGCCCUAUUGGAGGCAAUCCUUUGAUCAUAAAUUCUUCCCAACUAUAAAUCCUUUUAUGUCUUUAUCAUA